AUGGCUGAAGGCCAGAAGCGAGGAGGCUUCAAGAAGUUCAGAUUUUUCAAGUUCAAAGGCUUUGGGAGUCUGAGCAGCAUUCCCCGCUCCUUUACCCUCCGUCGUGUGUCUGUGGCCCCCAGCUCUUCCAAGAGUCUGGUGCCGGGUUUCCCUCCUUCCCGUGCCUUCCUGGAGGAGCCCUUUGACAGCACCCAGGAUGAUCUCAACACCAUGCCCAAGAGCCCCGGCCCUUACGCCCGCUCAUCGGCCAUGUACAGCCACAUGGGCACCAUGCCCAGGCUGAACCUAGGCAAAGCAGGAAAGAGUCUGGGAAAAGCCAAGAGUAGUCAAAGCCUCCAGGGGAAAGGGACUCCCAGCAACAAAACCCCUCAGAAAGCCCUGCUCCCCAGUCCUGAGUCUCCUGAGAUGCCUGGCACCCCUGACCCAGGUAUAGAUUCCCCCACAACCACUGGACAAGAAGAACAGGAUGAAGAGGCUCAGCUAAUGGACACCCCAGCGGAAGUGGCCACCAGGAUUGACCAGAAGCCUGCAGGGAAUGUUUCUGGCCCUGGGACGCAAGGACUGAGCUCCAGCCUGGCCCCAAACCCCAGCCAAACCUCCAUCGCUGACAAAGCAGUGGGAGUGGUGACCAUUGAAAGGCAUCUGCCAGAAAAGGGACAAGAGCAUCCCAGCAAGAGCUCCCUGGCCAGGUAUGCCGUUGUUGGAUUUGCUCUGCCUUCUGCUAUGACUCCCUUUCUGCCUCCCCCGAGGGCAAGGAAUGAGGAGGAAUUCCUGCCGGCGGUGGGAGACGGGCUGUGCCGGCCACACAUUCCUGACGGCUGCGAAGGGAGGGCCGGAGGAGGGCUGGGACGGGAAGGAGGAGGGUUCGCGACCGCCUUGCGGCUCUGA